AGUGUGUUAUACUGGGGGUCUCUUUCCACUCUUUUUUCUUCUUUUUUUUUCAUUUCUGUCUCGUAUUCCAGUUAUGCCUCGUUUUUGGUCGCGAGUACUUCAUCCGUUUCGUCACCACCAUAUUGAUCAGCAUCAGAAUUAUAAGAAGCUUAACGAUGCUACUACUGACAACAGCAAAAGUCAUGCUGUUGCCGGUGAUGGUACUACCAUCGUCAUUGGUGCAACCAGGCAACAACAGGCGCCCCUUUGUAGCAGCAGUGGCAAUGCUGAGGAUGCAGUCCCCUCGCUAAGCUACUCCUCGUCGUCAUGUCUGACCGAGUCUGAAGUCUAUAGGGAAGACUUGGUCAAGGUGGAAGCUCUUCACUUUGCACAGAGUGCUAAAAUGGAGACGUUUUUUUGGACAUGGAAUGAGGAGCUUGAACGGAUCUUUGAGAAAUGUCGCUGGGCGCUUGAUUCUUUGACAUGCACAAUCGACGAACUAUCCCACGAGAUCUGCACCAUUGCGUCCCCACUUCAAAAUACGGAUUGUCAAUCUGUUCACCAUGCACGUCAAUUCAUUUCAAGUUAUCUUAAAGAAUGGCAGGACCAUCUACAGCAGCAGGAGCAGCUACGACAUGACGCUGCUUCCACGAAGGAGCUGUCCGAGCUGAUGAAAACAUCCUUUGAUGCCUAUUUUGAGAGUUUACAUUCCAAGGUCUUGGCAACGGAAGAUACAGGGCUUUCUCAGUGUAUCCAGCGAAUAUGUCAGUGGGAGCACGACCUAUUCCUUUACAAACAGUACUUUGAAAGUCAAAUGACGAUUCUCAAAGAUGCUAGUCACUCCUAUGAAGCGGCGCAGUACUUAUUACAGACAAGAUGGGAUCGGCGAUAUAAUCAGUGUAUGAGCACAUCACAGGCGCUCGAAGACAGAAUGAAAACUUUGCUGGAACAAAGCUCUCCAUCUCGCGAUGAUUUCACCUGUGCCAUUUGCUUAGCUGUCCUUUCCGAGCCUGUCACUAUCGGCACCUGUCUUCAUACAUUUUGCAGAUCAUGCAUCCAACAAAUCUACUGCACAUGUACACUAGCGUCCUGCUCCAGUCCUUGUCAUCGAGCUACACGUCGCCAAAAGUCGCUUUCGCAACGACGACAACGACGCCAACAACAACACCGCUAUAAACAUCCGUCCACCUCAAGCAGCAAGAAGAGGCAAAAGCUACCAGCAUGUCAAUGCUACAACGACGAAAGUAGUAGCAUCCCACUCCCCAAACAUCACAGUUGCCCUUUGUGUCGUUCACCUUUCACCCUGAAGGAUUGUGCUGUAAAUGUGGCACUCGAUAAUUUCAUCUCGUUGUAUUUUCCUCACGAAGAAAAAAGGGAUGAUGACGACGACACUAGAAGUCCUGCGGGUCAGCGACGACAACGACAACAACAUCAACAGCAGCAGCAAAAACUACAAAAACGUCGGUCUGCGUUCUACACGGCAGUGCAACAAUUGUGGGCACCGCAUGGUAGUGAGCACCCAUCUUAUAAUAAUAAUGCUGACGAUAGCAGCCAAUCUACAGCAGCAGCUGUUGAGGCUCCUGCAGCUCUUUAUAAUCAAGGCACCACCAACAACGACUCUAACGAACCUACUUCCCGAACGGGUCGACACCAGCAGGACCAGACUGUCCGUCCCGAAUCCCGGGCAAUAGGAAUUCAAGACAUUGUGAAUAGCGAUUUAUACACUCUUGUCCGUCGAUCGUGGUGGCUCUGAUAUCUCUGUUUCCUUACGGAAAGCAACACUAGUAGUAACGAUAUAACGACAAUGAUUGUGACUUGUAGAAAAUAUGAGGGUCAUUUCCUUUGCUGUUUCCAAUGAAGGAAUGAAUAUAGAAUGUAUAUACUGAUACUAUUCUGAUACUAAAGUAAAGAUAUGAAUAAUGAUAUAAGAGAACAAACACAGUAUGAAGAAGUAGGGGUUACGGGAUGGAUAUAGAAUAAGGGAAAAAGAAGAAAUAAGUUUGUCCGUGAAAUGUAAUAUGAUAAAAUAGAAUCAUGAAAUACGGGGCGGGGGGCG